UAAUAAUCAUUUGAGUAGCUUUUCUGAAGGAUUGAUAUUUUCAGAUUUUCAAAGAAUGUCUUUGAAAGUGUUGUUAACGACAGUCUACUUGGUUUUCGUCUUUCUCUGUAACAAUCAAGUGACAUCGACUGGUAUUCACAGCCUUCGUUAUUAUGGCUAUAAUACACCAAUGGAGGUUGAACGCAGAUAUGAUGCAGAUUUAUUUUUGAAGGGAACAGAAACCUCACCGAAUAAUAUCACUGGGGUGACGACAAACGAAGCAGUUAACAAAUCAUCAAAGAAUAUACGGUUACCACAAACUGUAUUUCCACGCUUCUAUGAUCUACAGCUUCAAGUUCAUAUUCAUGGAAAUGCAGAUACUAAAGACUCCUAUUUUAAUGGAUCUGUCACCAUAGAGAUUCAGUGUUUAGCAGCAACUGCAGAACUCUUUAUUCAUGCUUAUCCCAAUCUUAAUGUCAGUAGGGAUCAAAUCAAAAUAUUUUCAGACGAUAAGGAAGAUUCAAAGAAGACGGAAAUUCCAAUACAGACGAUAUCCUACGAUAAAGAUGCUGAAUGGUACCAUAUACAGUUAAAAGAUGCACUACAACCCAAUGCAAGUUAUAAACUGAUAUUUGGUCAAUUUAAUUCUUCACUAAACUACGAACCGGUAGGAUUUUAUCUGAGUCGAUAUGCAGAAAAUGGAACUUAUAAGUACUUAGCAAGCACACAGUUUGAGCCAACAUAUGCAAGACGUGUAUUUCCUUGUUGGGAUGAACCUGGAUUUAAGGCCGUGUUUCAGUUUACUGUCUGGGCAAGACCAGAGAAAAUUGAAUCAGCCAGGUAUGCUUUGGAUAUCGGUAGAAGAAUUCUUACAUACUUUGAAGAUUACUUUGGAGUUCCUUACCCACUUCCAAAAAUGGAUAUGGUUGCACUUCCCAACUUUAAGGCUCACGCAAUGGAAAACUGGGGUCUAAUAACAUUUAUAGAAAGUUCACUGUUGUGGGAUCCGUAUACUGGUUCAGCUGCAUCGAAGGAAUGGGUGACAGUUGUUAUUAUUCAUGAAUUGGCUCAUCAAUGGUUUGGUGACUUAGUGACGAUGAAGUGGUGGAACAACCUCUGGUUAAAUGAAGGUUUUGCAAGUUUUCUUGAAUACACUGGUACAGACUUUGUUCAACCACAUUGGAAAUACGAUGAACGAUUCAUAUUUACCGAUUUGCAAAGAGCAAUGAUCUCAGAUGCCUCCAUCAAAUCUCAUCCUGUUAUUAAUUCAGCUAAAUCUCCAGACGAGAUCGAGGACAUUUUUGAUCCAAUAACAUACAGUAAGGGUGCUUCGUUAAUCCGGAUGAUGAAGUCAUUUCUUGGAGAUGAUGUCUUCUUAAAUGGCUUGAAGAUCUACUUACAAGAAAACAAAUAUAAAAAUACGGACGAAGAAGAUCUAUGGAAGGCGUUGGAUCGUGUAAGUCUCUGCUUUCAAAUAACUAACAACUUACAGUAA